AUGGAGAGGCCUUCCUUGGAAAUUAACCUGUCCGAUACUCAGGAAGAAGGGAAACUUUAUGUAGUUGAUUCCUUAAACAACCUAAACAAACUGAAUGUUUGUCCAGAUGGAGCCCAACAUGUGCUAGAUGAGGAAGAGGACAUCAGUGCUACUGAAGAAAACAUGGCAGGGAGCAACAUAAGAAACCAGCGUUUGUUCUUCGUCACUUUCAUUCUUACUUUGAUCGUUAGUUUGGCACUUGUUUCAUUCGUAAUAUUCAUAAUAAUUCAAACUAGAAACAAUAUGGAUCAAAUAUCAAGCAGACUAACAGCUGAAAAGAAGAACAUAGAGGAGCUUAAGAAAAUUAACAAUAUGAUAUUAAAGCAUCUACAUCAAUCAGGAAUUCAGGAAAGUGGGAGAUACUUCUUCACACAGUCUCCUGAUCUUCAUGAUUACCUCUUUACCCAUGCUGAGCUGAAAGUCCCUGAAGAAUAG